UCGUCUUCUUCCUUGCGGUGGCAGUCGCCGGUGCUGCGUACUGUUUCAUCAUCGCGUCUGAAAUAUUCAUCUUUUUUAUUUUCUUAAUCGUUUUCUAUUUCCAUGCAUGUGAGAAUUGCAGCAAGCAUCCCUUGAUUCUGUUUCUUUUUCUCGCAGUUAAUCCAUCUGGAAAUUUAGCACCAUCUCUUGAUUCUCUUUCCAUUUAAUUUUCAUGCAUGAGAUGAUAUCACAGUGGGAAAACAAUUAGAAUUCCAACUGAAAAUGGAUUUUCUUGUUUUAUUUUUAUUCUUUGAUUAAUUGUUCAUUCGAGAUGGAACCAAUUAAAUCAAAUUUGGGUGCGAUAAUGGGUUACUUCACCAAGCCGUCGUGGGCUUUUCUGUUUCUUCUUUUCACUUUCCUGGCGAUUCUAUCCCUCCAAAUCUCAACAAAAUCAAUUUUUCCCAUCCGACUCGUCUCUGUUUCGGGAUCAUCCACGCCUGGUAUAUCGGGCGGAGAAGACCCGGCAAGCUGUGUCGGAUUUUUUGGUGUGAUGCCGGCGAGAAAAUAUGUAAUGUCGAUAAAGGACUUCGGGGGAGUUGGCGACGGGAAAACGUCCAACACCGAAACGUUUCGGAAGGCAGUACGCUACAUGCAACGUUUCGGAGAAAAAGGUGGGUCCCUGCUAAACGUUCCCAGAGGGAGGUGGCUCACCGGGAGCUUCAAUCUUACGAGUAAUUUCACCUUGUUUCUUGAAGAGGGUGCUGUUAUUUUGGGGUCUCGGGACCCAGAGGAAUGGCCUAUCAUAGAUCCAUUGCCUUCUUAUGGUAGAGGGAGAGAGAGAUUAGGAGGAAGACAUAUAAGCCUUAUUCAUGGAAAUGGCCUAACCAAUGUUGUCAUCACAGGUCAGAAUGGGACAAUUGAUGGUCAAGGGAACAUGUGGUGGGAUCUAUGGUGGAACAAAACCUUAAAGUACACAAGAGGCCACCUCUUAGAACUAAUGAACUCUGAUUAUAUUCUUGUUGCCAACCUAACCUUCCUGAAUUCUCCAUUUUGGACCAUCCAUCCUGUUUAUUGCAGCAAUGUUGUUAUUAAAAAUAUGACCAUUUUGGCCCCCCUCAAUGCCCCAAAUACUGAUGGAAUAGACCCAGACUCGUGUACCAAAGUUUGCAUUGAGGACUGCUACAUUGAGAGCGGGGAUGAUCUUGUAGCAGUGAAGAGUGGGUGGGACCAGUACGGUAUUGCCAUGGCACGUCCAAGCUCAAACAUAAUAGUAAGGAGAAUCUCAGGCACUACCCCAACUUGUUCUGGUGUUGGUAUAGGUAGCGAGAUGUCGGGGGGCAUUUUUAAUGUAACUAUUGAAGAUUUGCAUGUUUGGAAUUCGGCAGCUGGAGUGCGUAUAAAAACUGACAGAGGUAGGGGAGGAUAUCUUGCCAAUAUCACUAUAAAUAAAAUAACAAUGGAGAGAGUCAAGAUACCAAUUAGGUUCAGUCGAGGUUCUAAUGAUCACCCGGAUGAAGAAUGGGAUCCAAAAGCAAUUCCUAAAGUAAAUGGUAUUUUUAUCAGUAACAUUGUUAGUUUUAAUUCAACAAGAGCCCCUAUUUUAGAGGGUGUCCAGGAUUCAUCUUUUGAACGGAUCUGCCUAGAGAAUGUUACACUACUUGGGCUUGCACAAUCUGCAACCUGGCAUUGUGAGUUUGUUUCAGGUUUUACCAGAGAGGUGUUUCCCUUGCCAUGUCCCCAGUUGCAGGACAAUAGCUCUUUACUACAGUGCUUGUAGGCAUGGGCUUCUGUCGUCAGUUCCAGAUUGUGAAUAUGAAAAAUUAAGGUUUAAAUAGCCUUUCAGCAAGAAGUGUAUUUUUAGCAAAUUGGACUUGCAGGGAACUUUUUCACGAACAGGAAUGGCUAGAGCUCGUGUUGUGGUUGUUGUGAAUUCUCUAGCACUGAUGACUUGAUAGUGGGUCCCAGCCUGCAAUAUUGUGACAUCGAUCUAUGGUGCAGUUGGAUUUGCUUGUCUUGACAGGUUUGCCUGGGGAGAUGACACUGGAUUUUUUCAAGAUAGGUUAUUUUGUUAAUUCUUCACUCUGCUGUCUGAUCUUAAUGAUACUUACUGAUGCCGCAUAUUCUCAGUCGUUGAACAUAUGCAUGAUGGUCGUUUGAACCUUAGUGAAGCAAACAUUUGUUUUACAGAAAACUGACAGAAACAUUACAUAUUCACAUGUAUACAAUACCCAAUUCAUUUCAUUUCUGAAAAUUUUUGCCUUUCAGUUUCCCUUAUCAUCCUUACUUUUUCAGUGUUCACAUGUAUACUAUCCUUCAUAUAUUGCUCGUAGUUGGUUUUUGUUUAUAGAGAGCAAGUAUAGUUUUAUGUUGGAAUCCAAGGAUGUUCACGGUAGCGUUUGUUAUUUGUU